AUGGAAGAGAUGAGGAAAUCUUCAGAGUCUUGUCAUGCAACUCAAACGCCUUCGUUCUGGUCUUUACCAGACGACCUGGCUCUCAACAUCCUGGCCCGUAUCUCAAGAAUCCAUCAUCCAUCUCUAUCUCUCGUCUCCAAGAGUUUCCGAUCACUGCUCUCUUCACCUGAGCUCGACGCCACACGAACCCUAAUCGGUAAGCCCGAAGACUGCAUCUACCUCUAUCUCAAGUGUCAUUACGUAAACCCUAAACGUCAUUACGUAAACCUUAAACCUCGCUGGUUCACACUUUCCCCAACUCCUGGACAGAAACUCAUACCAAUGCCAAUGCCUUUGUUUCCUUACGAACAUCCCGAACACCCAGCCGUAGUCUCAACUGGUUCUCAUAUUUACCUAAUCGGCGGAACCGUCAAGGGAACUAGAAGCAGAAAAGUGUAUGCCCUAGAUUGUCGACGUCAUCAAUGGCGUAUGCUCCCUGAUAUGCGAUUACCUCGAAAGAAUCCAACGGCCGGUGUGAUUGACGAGAAGAUAUAUUUAUGUGUCUGA